GACGAUGUUUCGUCGCGAGUGGGGGGGGCUUGGCUUUGAGAAUGGUCUGAUUGCGCGAAACCGCCAGGGUCUCUAGCAUCCUUCUCAUCGCCCUCGUCCUCCUCCUUGGAAGCUGCGACUUUCAACACAGUCCCGCCCAUGAUCUGAGACGACUCUCGCGACAUUCAACACACCAAUGGAAGCCAACUGGGACCAAUUCGGUUCCAACCCCGACGAAUGGUCCGAAUGGUUGCGAUUUGAUCCCGGAGAGGCCGUCUCUCCCGACAGUUCGACCAAGACGAGCAACAACUCUCCCAUGCAAGACAUCAACUUCAAUGCCGACCAUUUCCCACCUCUCAAUGUCGACGAAACCCUUGCGCCACCCCUCAUUGUUGGCGACGACGCCAACUUCGGCGACUUCUCCUUCGCCGACGCCGCUUUCGACUUUGGCCAGCCCGACGCCAAAACCGAUGAUUUGCCCUUCCUCUUCGGCGCCGACUCAAACUCUCUACAACCUAUAGUCGACCACUUGAACACCGACCCCAAAGAACCAUCUGCCUCAUCGUCCUCUUUGUGGCCUCCGAUAGGCCAGAACAUCGACGCGCCGGCGCAAAGCGAUCUGCUUGCGCCUAUAAUCCUCGCCAGCAAUGACUAUCCUGCAUCCGGUCCAGCAUCCGUCUCGAGUACAAGCCAACAUCGCAGCAGCCCUGCCUCCACGUCGCAUGCUCGCACAAGCAUAUCAUCCAUAUCUCCAGCGCCGGAACAAGCCGAUCAACCUGUCAAGAAGGGAGGAAGGAAACGCAAAGUGUCACAGAGCGAUGAAGAGCAGCAGAGCCCGGAAGAUGGUGGUCCUCCAAUCAAGAAGACAUCGCACAAUGUUAUCGAGAAGCGAUAUCGCAACAACCUGAACGACAAGAUUGCCGAACUCCGCGAUAGUGUUCCUAGUCUCCGAGCCAUGUCGCGACCAAGCGGCAACGAUGACUCGGAGGACCUCGAGGGCCUGACGCCGGCGCAUAAGCUGAACAAGGCCACAGUACUGGCCAAGGCUACCGAAUACAUCAAACAUCUCGAGAAAAGAGCAAAGACACAGGCAGACGAGCUGACUCAACUCAAAGCUCGCAUGUCCAACAUGGAGAAGGCCAUGUCAAGGUCUGCUGCUGCGAAUCAACACGCUGGAAUCCUUACUCCUGCCAUUGCUCGCUCACGACAAGGCUCCAUCACUUCCCAAGCACCCAGGCGUAUUCAACAAGACCAAUACUUGCAACAGCACUCACAGCCCACCUAUGAGCCCCAGGAACAUGUCGCCGAGCCUGGACAGAACAAUCUCGUCAACGCCCAAGGCGCCGGCAAUGGCUUUGUUGGAAAACUCAUGGUCGGCUCACUGGCUGCUCUCAUGGUUAUGGAAGGCUUCCACGAGCAGGAACAAGAUGCUCACUCUACGUCCGGCAGGGGUCUAUUCGCUGCCCCUAUGCACUUGCUAAAGCGUGGCCAAUUCCUCAGAUCGCCCUCGCAUGCUGCUUAUGGCUCGUCGGCCCAGGCAGCACUUCCUCUGCUCAAGACUUUCUUGGUCUUUGGUGCCUUCAUCUACAUCCUCCUCCCUCUUCUCCGUUUCAAGCCUCAACCUAAACGCAAGCUGUCGAUCCGUGUCUCUCUUACAGCCGCUCCUUCUCUUGCCUCGCCGGUUGAGGUUCGUCGCAAGGCCUGGCUCACCGCUGUACAAAGUGUCUGGAUGCCGCGUCACUUCUUGCUUGAGGUUGUAUCUGUGACAUGCAAGAUGAUCAUGCUUAGUCUGCGUCGUCUCGUUGGCUCCGAGUUCUACUCGCGAGUCUCAGGCAAGACUCCGGACGAUGAAGCUGCUCGUAUCAAGGCAUGGGAUAUUGCCAUUGACGCUCAACUUGCUGGUGGUGAUGCUGAGGUCAGCUACUACCGUCUACUGCUCACUCUCAUGGCUUCUGGUACUCUACCAGACUCGCCAAUUCGUCUCAUGCAAAAAGCCGUCCACUUCCGUAUCUUCUUUUGGGAAGUCGCUAACGCCGGUUACGGCAACAUGUUCAUGUUCCGUGACUUUACAGCCAAGGUUGGCAGGAUCUACUGGGACUCUGCUCGCAAGCAACAGCAUGCUAUCGCUGCUGGCGAGUACACCGAGAAGCAGAUCACAGAUGACAAGAUUGAGAGGCUGCCUGAGUAUCUCGCCGAGUUGAUCGAGCUUGACUGUGAUGACGUCCUGACUGACGAGAUGAUUCAACGCGCAUACAAUCUUGCCUGGAACAGACCCAGCGCUGAGAAGGCCAUCCCCAAUCAGACCAUGGAUAGUGUCGUUGAAGAUCAUGCCAUCAGAUCCCCUCUCGACGCCGUCGCCGCCUGGUUUGCCAACAUGACCGUCGACGCCGCUCUCACUCGUGCUUUGGAUACUGAUACCAAUGCCACUGCUGAUGUGCAAUACCUGGUCGACUUGGCCAACAAGACUGCUCCUCCUGCGUCAGCUACACAGACCCGCGCUCAUGUAGCAAAGGCUGUCGUCCUCGAUCAAAACCGUGGAGCGCACAUCAUCGCCGCCUUGGAAACACUGCCAAUGGUCACAUACAACGAUGGCUUGGACAUGCCCUCAAACAUGAUUACUCAUACACCAAUCUCGCCAGAUACCCACAGCGCCCUGACUCUUGCAAAGAUCCUUUCCAUCGCCUCUCCUACCAACCCCACUCCAGCACGUGCACACGCCGCCUCUGUCCUGUCGUCUAUGCAUCUUAUGCCAAACAGAAUUACCCUACUCACAGCUGUCGCUGCGUUCAAGGUCCUCUCUGCCUUCUCAUCUGAUGCGCUGCUAUUCAACAGUGGAAAGCUUGGCCUGGAUGAUCUGGCUGGUAACCUGAGAGUCUGGAUCGGCACACGUGCAGCCAAGACCGCAGGGUUGACCCGUGAGCAAAAGGCUACAAUCGUCGAAUCAUGCCUGGGUGUCAGCAAGCGCGUUGGAGGCUGGAAAGAAGAGGAAGAAAAGGACAGUGGUUAUGGCAGUCUCGAAGACGUUGAGAGAGAAGCCGCCGUCAAAGCUUAGAGAUUUUGAUGUUGUUUUGUGAUUAGGCGUUUUCGAAAGGUACAGUGUCUCCCAGCAAGAGCUUGGUCGAGACCUGGUAGGGGUAGGAUUGUAUCAUGGCAUUACGGUAUAGACCAGCGGACUAUGGGAUUGAGAAAGGAACAAUGGUGUUUAUUAGGCUAGCUUUAAUGUUUUACGUUCAUACCAUAGCGACGAAUGUAAUUUCUCCACGAUCAA